AUGGUCGCUCUGUGGUCAGCCAUGGCAUCAGCGCAGUGGCGAGGAGGAGGGCUGACCUGGACCAGCAAUGGAAAUAGCGUGUCCUUCGUGUUUCACGGCUCGUUCGCACGAUCGGGGUCGGGCAUGGCUGGGUCUGGACCCAACGGGCAGGUGAUGCUGGGGGAUGUGGUCCAGCUUGGAGGGCGGGAGCCGUUAGUGUUCGUGCUCGGAGAGGAGGAGGAGGAGAUGAGAGGAGAGGUUAGAGGAAUGGACGUGAAGGAGGACACGUUCCAGGUGGUCUGGACGACCAUGAAGCAGGUAGAUCUCAGCAGUGGCGGUACCAUGCCAGCUGCAGUCCGAGGAUGCUGCAGGUUUGCGGGGCUGACAUGGCAGGCAGAGACUCCCUUUCAGCUGGCAGUGCAGCUGGACGGAGCGAGGCUGCAAGCUGGGUUCUCCGGCAGCAUUGGGGCGGUAGCGGUGUGGAGAAGUUUCAGUGGGUCGGACCUUGAAGUAAGGAUGCGUCCUCCUGGGGUCGGGGUGAGCUCGAGGGCAUGCACUUCCCAGCUGGCGAUGAGGUGCCUCGAGGCAGGGAGGUUGGCUGUGUGCACGAAGGGUGGAGAGGUUCCCUUGCUGGAGGACGUGGACUGCUUCCCUUACUCGCAUUGCUUUCCCUCCUUCUGUGCUGGCCAGAUGAACGUGAGCAGGAGCGAUGCCUUUCUUCGCUUCGCUGGCACAGGCUACGCGGGAGUUGAAGCAGGAGGAGCGUCAUGGACGAUGCCGAGCAACAUGUCCUGCUACACCACGAAGCUGCAGUCAGGCAGGUGUGAGAGCACAAGGGGAUGCUGCUCGACGAAGAACGGCGACUGCGCCGCUUGCUUCUCGAUGCAGGAGGAUGGAAGAAUCCACGUCCUUGAUACGGUAGAGCCAGCGCUCUAUGCUCUCUCCUUGGCAGUCAGUCUGCCGCCUCCUCCUGCAUCACGAUCUUGUGUGGACUCUCCUCUGCAGUGGACAAGCUCGUCGGGGGUGACUUGCCCUCAGCUCUAUGCUCAGGGACUUUGCAAGGAGACAGGAAGCGAUGGCAGGAGCGCGUAUCAGGCUUGUUGCGAGUGCGGAGGAGGGAGCUUUGUCGAUGGUUUACCGCCGCCUCCCCUUGUCGGACUCGACGGGCUCUACGAGUCAAGCGGCUGCAAACUCCCAGCUCAGGUGAACAAGCCCAACUCGACUUCGACGACCGUCGGGGAGGCGUUUCGAUGGAACACUACCGUCUCGAUCUCUCCUCGAUCCUUCGACGUGGUCAUCAGGCUUCAAGAAUUCUCUCGUGCCCUGAACCUCUCUUCUCCUCCCUGCGUCAACGACUCCCUGGACUUCGACGCGAGGAUCGAGGGCACUCUCCUGCCGCGGAUAGAAGGGUUUGACAUGUCCAACGGCUCCUCCAUGUUCGAGCUCCGAGCGUCUCUUCACCGUGUUCUCCUGACCCCGCGCUCAGCUCGUCUUGCCCGCGUCCUCAGGUCACAGUGUCUGUGCUUGGUUCCUAACGAGAACAGCAGCUUCAUCCCUCCCAUCGACCAAGAGAUCGAGAUCCCUUCAAGCUGCCAUCCAGAAGACUGCAAGCUGCUGUCGAGAUUUGGAGUCUCGAGCACGCGUGAGAUCGCCAUGAUGUACCUGGGAAGCGGCGGCAUUGGUCAGCCCACAAACGUCAGCGACGCAGCCUCCUCCUCCUCCUCCUCCUCCUCCUCCUCCUCCUCCUCCUUCACCAUCACCAUUUUUCCUGGACUUGUUGGUUCUUGUGCAAAGGAACAGAAGACCUUCGCGCCAUUGGAGAGGAAUGCUUGCGGGUGGGACGGGAUCACUGAGAGCGCGUGUGCGAGCAUGGGUUGCUGCUGGGACCAGAGCUCGAGAAGCUGCUUCAGCCGCUCCUACCGCGACGUCUCGUCGUCCGUCUUCCUCCUCCGCUGCAAGAAUCAGAGCUUCCUCGCUCCUCUCGCCGCCAACUUGGACAUCUCAGGGUCGUGCGAGUCCUUUGCCGAUCAGACAGUGCAAGAGAUGAGGGAGCUGGCGCUUGCGAGGGGAGGGGAGGCACCGGAUUAUGUUAGGAGCGAGUGCGGGGUCGUGCCUCCUGCCUUGUCAAUGCUCGAGUUCCAGGUCGAGGUGCUGGGCCAGGAGGUGCGAAACCUGCACAACAAGGUGACGGGGAUGGAAGGGCUCGUUCCCCUCGACGUCUCGUUCCACCACGGGCUGUCGGGGCAGGCUACAGACGUCAUGCAGGUCAACGAAGAGUUCGAGGCGGUGUACCUGGUCCAGGGAACCCCCAGCUUGCAGGUUCUGUCAGCUGGAGGGUAUCCUGGGAACCUCGAGAGCGUGCUGAGCGACGGGAAUGCAACCUUCCAAUGGCAUCACAUGCCCAACGUGAUGGAGACCGGGGGGUACACCCAGUGCUUCCAAGGACGGGUACCGGUGACAUGUACGGACUACACCGAGGUCUUCUCCUACCUGAGGAUGGACUGCUCUUCUAUCAGCCGCUCAGACUGCAUUCGUAGCAGCCUCAACUACUCGCUUCCUCCUGACAAGGUCCCGAUCGUCCAGGCCUUCCCCUUGAACUCCCUCUUCGAGGUCUGCUGCCAGUGCGGGGGAGGUAUGCGACAAGACCUCUUCACUGACGUCACUUGCCUUCCUGUCGACGUGUUUCCGGAUCCUGCUCCCACAAUUGCGAUCUCAGAGCAAACUACCGGCCUGGACGUCCCUUGCAAGAGCUACAAUCUCGGUUAUCCCCAGGUCUCAGUGAGCAAAUGCAAGCUCCCCGUCCUCCGGGACCCUUGCCGGCCUCCUUUCAACUGUUCAUCCGUGCACGUGGACGGGAGUUUCAACUACGUGAGCAGGAUCGAGCAAAAUUCCCUGCUAGGUUCUAUCGAGGCUGUGGAAAUCAUCAGCGGAGGGUUCGGCUGCUCGAGAGGAGGAGAGCUGAGGGCGCGGCCGCUGGGAGGGUUCGGAACUGGCUUCCUUGCCAGGUUCGACGUAGCAGAGCCCGGGAGCGAUAGAGGCGUGUCGGGUAGCAUCACAAACUUUACGAUCCUCCAACAAGGCUCCGGCUUCAGGCGCGUACCAGCCGGAGCUCUACGUGUCCCGGGGAGGCGAAGGAUGUCAAGAAUACUCCCUCCGUGGGAUCAUCUCCCAGCAAAAGAUCCACAAGGACUGGACAUCGAGAUCCUCGCGUUCGAAGUUGGUUUCGACCAUGUCGAGCUCGCCUCUUCCCUUGUUCGUCCGCCUCCUCCUUUCACCCCUCCGUCCUCACUCCGACAAUUCAGACUGGAAAUCCCCCGAGCGACCUUCGCGUCUAUCCACAAGUCGGGUCCCUUGGUGAAAGAUCAGCAUGAGUCGAGGAGGAUCACUUGGGCCCCUCCCCGUUGGUACGGCGGGUCUGAUCCCUUCCUGCUAUGCUUCACUGCGCAUGAUAACUCUGGGACGCGGCUGCCGAGCGGCUUCGUCACGCGGAGCAACAAGACUACCACGAGCUGCAUCGGAGUCUGGGUGGUCAAGUGCUUCUAUGCUGUCAGGGCAGGAGAAGACCUGAACUCGAUCGCCAUGCUGUUCAACACCAACUGGAUACAGAUUUGGGCCCUCAACGUAGGGAUACGAUCGCCCAAGUCGCUCAUCCCUAGAGGGUUGCUUGCAAGGGUCGGCCAGCUCUAUGCAGUCCAGCCCGGGAACACAAUCGAUCAGCUGGCGAGGUGA